AUGGAGCAAAUAGUCGUUAAAAAGGAACCUGAAGAACUAGUCGACGAUUCGGAAGGUAAUAUUUCGAUGAAUUACAGUAAACCAAGUACCUCUGCUGACCAAAAAAUGCCUUCAACCUCUGGGAUAGCAAUAAAACAAGAAUUCAAGGAAGAAUUGGUUUAUAGCGACAACUCCAUGGACUAUGAUGUAUUGGGGGUGAAAGAAGUAUUAAAAGCGUACACAGAUGAAGAAGACAAUUUUGAUGGAGCCGAGCAAGCAGAACUGAAAUUCCAAGUCAAAGAAGAAAUGUUUCUUGAUAAAGGGAGCGACAGUGCAGUUAUAAAUAAAGAAAUAGUGACAAAAGAAGAAAAUGAUAUUAAAAAAAAUCCAGAAUCGAGGAAUAAUAAACUUGAAAAUAAUGAUUUUAUAUAUCAGUGCAAACACUGUUCAAUCCAAUUUUUCAAAAAAGAAUUAUUUGAACGCCACGAGGAACGGUGCUUGACACCAAGAGUUAGAGUUGGCAAAGAAAAGUUGUUUCAAUGUGACACUUGUCCCAAGAAAUAUCAAACGAAGAGGAGUUUAUUGCAACACACAAAGUUUGUUCACAAAAAAGAGGGACUGGAAAAAUUGAAAUGCCACAAGUGCGAAUAUGUAACCGUAAGAAAAGGUAGUUUUAACAAACAUUUAAAAAUUCACGAUAAAAAAAAUUAUUUAAAGUGCAACUUUUGUUACUACAUAGCUGCCCGAUUAUUUCAAUUAAACGCACAUAUCUUAAGUAAGCAUAAAUUGGAAAAUGAAGAGAAAAAUAAAAUAAAAAUAACAUGUAAAAUCCAUCAGUGCACUAAGUGUUCAUAUUCAACUCUUAAUAAAUCAAAUUAUGACAGUCACUUGAAAGUAUGCUUAAAAAAUGUCAAAUAA